AUGAAUAGAUUACUUAGCCAAAAGUUGGCUAUCAACAACAGAAUGAUGGUCAGAAACUUCCAGAGCUCGUCCAAGCGCUUGAGCUCUGUGUUCGGUCACCCAAAGGAAGGUGUCUACUCCAACAUCCCUUUCACCAUUAAGAGAAAGAUCAUCCCAUUGUCGGUGUACUAUUGGGGAACCUUGGGUUUUUUCUUUUCCUUCCCAUUUUUGACCACCUUGUUGCACUUGAAGAAGUCUGGAAGUAUCUAG